AUGGUGGCACGCGGGAAGUUAGGCGUUCUUCUUGUUCUUGUUUUUGCUCUCUGUUUUGCUCAUGCAACGGAUUCUGAAAUCGAAGAAGCUGAUAGGACAUUCUGGGGUAAACUCGCCGCAGUUUUUAAUACCGGAAGCGAGAACGCAAAUGUUGGUGCUGCAGGUGCAAACAAUGUGGGCGGAGAGGCUGCGGUCGAGGAGUCGGAGAAUGGUCCGGGUGUUUCAGAUGGUGCAGGGAUGACUGGUGCUGGAAACCAGGGCAACGCAGGCGACUUUGGAGACAUAGUUUUGGACAAAGUGAUUUUUCCUCAUCGGGUCUUGGACGCUUUUAAAGAGAAUACAGAGAACUCAACCGAAAAUGAGGAUAUCUCGGGACCCCAGCCCGUCAACAAGGUUUGCGAUCUCCAGAUGGACAGAGGCCCAUGUCGUGGUUACUUCAGGAAGUUUUACUUCGACAAGUUUACUGGCGAGUGUGCAAUGUUCGUCUUUGGAGGCUGUAAGGGCAAUGACAACAGGUUCAGCACCAUGGAAGACUGCAAAAAAACCUGCUCAUCAUUCCCAAAGCCAGAAGUGACGGAGAGGCCAAUGCAGAUCAACGUCUGCAAGCUGCCGAAGGUCUCCGGUCCCUGCACUGGCCAGUUCAGGCAGUACUAUUACUACCCUUACACUUCAAAAUGCGAGCUAGUCUUCGGUGGUUGUCUCUCUGGGGGUAACAGAUUCGAUAGCUUAGAGAAGUGUGAAAGUUUGUGCGUCCCGGAGUCUGAGAGAUUGGUGGUGAAGUCUACACUUCCACCGGGAUAUUCAGGGCCUGUUACUGACGGCGGACAGGUUGUCGAUGUUAGUGUUAUUCUCGAGCCCACAAAUCCGAACUGUUCGCUACCAAAAGAUGCCGGUUUGUGUUACGGAUAUUUCCUCAGCUAUUUCUAUAAUAUUAUGACCACAAAAUGUGAAUCAUUUGUUUACGGUGGUUGCCAAGGUAAUGCGAAUCGCUUCCCGUCAUUGAAGGAGUGUGAACGAGCCUGCGUCUCCAAGAUCGAAACUGAUGUCGUCAAUAUUGUUGUCGGUCCUGAAAGUGAAGGCAAAGACGGGGGCGAAAACGGAGAAGUAAAUAAAAAGGUCCUGUGUGCACCACCUGUGACAGAUAUCGGCGGCGGUGUGCCGUGUCUUCGCUCCUUCAUCAAGUACUACUUCAACAGCACGACAGACAAAUGUGAGGUAGUCUACGGCGCUUGUAACGGUUAUGGCGACCUUUUUGACAGCCCUGGUUACUGUGAGAAUGUAUGUUUACCUGUCAGUACUACGUCUCCCCCAGUGACCCCUGCAGAUUCCAGCAGAGAUGUAGGGAUACAACCUACACAAAAUGACAAUGUCUGCGAACUUGAAAGAGAUUCUGGACCGUGUUAUGCCGCCUUCAAGAUGUUUUUCUACAACAAAUCCACCAAGAAAUGUGAGCCAUUUUUGUACGGCGGUUGCCGAGGAAACCAGAACAGGUUUAUGUCCGUGACACUGUGUCAACAAAGAUGUUUGCAGACAACAGAAAUGCUAGAAGUAACCAGUAUAUCCCCAGUGGUUACAGAUGUCUGCUCCCUCAAACUAGAUCGCGGCCCGUGCCGGGCGACUCUUACGAAGUUCUUCUUUAAUGCAGAGACCAAAAAAUGUGAGGAAUUUGUCUACGGCGGGUGUGUUGGUAAUGAUAAUCGCUUUGAUAGUUUGAAAGACUGCGAAGACAAGUGUGCACCUAAACCAUCAGCAACAACUCUCUCAAUGCCAGUUGACGUUUGUUCUUUAGGCCCGGAAACUGGUCCGUGCAAAGCAGCCUUCACUUAUUACUACUACAACCCAAGCACAGGGAAAUGCGAGGCGUUUUUGUAUGGAGGGUGCAAAGGGAAUGGUAAUAGGUUCGCAACUGUUGGGAUGUGUGAAAUGAUCUGCGCGAUGUCAGUUGUGGAUGAGGGCACUGUUGUUCCAGUUACUCCAAGUCCGUCCACGGCACCAGAUGACAAAAAGGUCAACAUAACUUCUGUUGUUCUUCCAGUUGACAUUUGUUUGCUGGAUGUAGAGAUAGGUCCAUGUAGAGCAGUAUUCAGGAAUUUCUUCUUCAAUAGUAAGACAAGCAAAUGCGAGGAAUUCUUGUAUGGAGGCUGCAAGGGAAACGGCAACAGGUUUUUGACUGUUGGAAUGUGCGAAAUGAUUUGCAUGCCUGAGGAACGUUCAAUAGAAGUACCAGCACAACCCACAGAAUCUGCCCUGACGACAACUGCUACUCCUGCAAUUCCCAAUGCUUGUUCCAUAGGCCCAGAUACUGGUCCAUGCAAGGCAUCUUUUCUAAGGUACUUCUACAACCCAGUGUCGAACAAGUGCGAGGAGUUUCUGUACGGAGGAUGUAGGGGCAAUGGCAAUAGGUUCAAUACUGUUGAGAUGUGUGAAAUGAUCUGUGUCACCGCUUCAGGUGAUGGCAAUGAGAAUCAAGACACGACUGUUCGCCCGUCUGCAGAGCCCACAGAUGAAGGAGAUGAAGAGCCAUCUGCUCAGCCUGCAGACCAAUCUACGGAAUCACCAUCUGCAGAACCUGCAUACAGGUCUACAGCGUCAACUGUUGCAGAGCCAUCUACAAAACCUACAGACAUGUCUACCGAAUCGCCUACUGCAGAGCCAUCUGCAGAGCCCACAAACCUGCCUUCGGAAUCAUCAUCUGUAGAGCCCACAGACCUGUCUUCAGAAUCGCCGGCUGCAGAGCCAUCUGCUGAGCCCACAGACCAACCUACGGAAUCACCCGACACAGAGCCAUCUGUUGCCAACCAGUCUACGGAAACAUCAGCUUCUACAGUGUCUCAGAAUUCCACAAUGAUGGGCUUUAACACAACGAGAGCAAUGCCAAAGGACACCACGCCACCAAUGCCAGCUGACAGGUGCUCUAUGCGCAAAGACCACGGGCCGUGCUUUGGGUUGUUCAAGCAAUAUUUCUUCGACAAGUCCAGCGGGAAAUGUCGGAAAUUCAUGUAUGGUGGUUGCAAGGGGAAUGAUAACAGAUUUGACUCAUCAGCAGAGUGUGAGAAGGCAUGUGCCCCGGUGCCGGCUGCACUUGAACGAAUGGGAUUUAAUACACCAGCUUCAACGACAACCAGAACGAGAGACGUCUGCCUCUUGCCAAGGCGGGCUGGUCCUUGCUACGCAAAUAUCCGGAGAUAUUUCUACAACAACGAGUCAGAGAAAUGCGAAGAGUUUAGCUUUGGUGGUUGCCUAGGAAAUGAGAAUCGAUUCGAGAUGCUUGAGCAAUGUGAGGAGAGAUGCGUGAUCAGACCCACAGCACCCCCCUGCGUGAUGUCGUCUGCUUGUCCUGUAUGUAUGGAGGAGGUGCCAAAGAGGAUAUUUCCAGUUUUCUGUCUGGCCAACAAUGCCUACAAGACUACAAUAAGGAAAGCGUCUACGGAGAGUUGGCCACUGAAAAUCCAGGCAGAUCUCCGCCCUGCUCAAAAGAUGCCAAUGGGACUUUAUACUAAAUGGGUCCUCCCCGAUGAAUGUGAAUGCCCUAUAUUGGCAAAUGUCGGUAACAAGGUUGUACUCCUCGUUGGAAAAAACACCCAGCUUCUCCGGGUGCCCGACUCCAGAACGCGUGCAUUGAUCUACCUCAACAAUGACGUCACAGUACUUCCACUGACCAUUGACCUUGAACGGACAAUCUUCAAAGGUCAUAAGACAAACGAAUGCGAUUAUCAGUCGGCAGACAAGAAACCACAAAACUCUAAAAAAUAAAGAGACAUCAUCACGUCAAA